GGCGCGGGUGACCUAUGGUCAGAAUCUGUAGUCUGAGUUAUGUCCCUUUGCUGCAAGGAUCCGCUGUAUUCAGUUGAAUUCCAGAUGCCCUUUCAUUAUUAGCCUUGGCUAAAACCCAUCCAAGAUUCCGGCUGAAACAGUAGCGCAAAAGCAACACAUGACAAUUAAAAGGCCGCAAAAUCCAUAUGGGAUAUUUUCUCAACACGAGCGAAAAUCUGUUUGCACUUCAGCCGCGACGGCACAAGCGUGCCACCCUCAUAUGUCCAUCGACAUGAGAUGAGAGAGCCGGUGACAAGCUCGGCGUCGCCAUGUGCAAACGAGAUUUGCUUUUGAUAAGGUCACAUGACCAUAUUACCACGGGAUUCUGCGAGUAAUGUAAAUGAAUGGUCAGAGAAGCGAAAAUGGAAGUAGCGCCUCGCGAAAGCCGUGAUUUACAUCUGGGGGAAACUUCAACGCUUAACUAACUGGAUAAUUUUUCGUUGAAAAUAUGGUUUUUUUUCGCAUGGCGAUUGUCGCAUGUGUAUUCUCCGCCGGAUGAGUUCUCCCCGAACAAACCGCACGCGUAGCAGUGGUAUUGAUUCGCAAGGCUCGAGUUUGUAGGAAAUAUUCCAUUGACAAGCCGGCUCGCUGUGAAGUCAGCUGGCUGCUUACGGUAGGGCUCCACCGUAACUUGACUUGCAGGUAGUCUUGUGGGGAUCUGCCGAGCCCAUUGGCAAAGCCAGAUGGUGAACGCCGCACUGCCAGCCAGUUCCUCGAGACUGAGGUACCGUGAUUUAGGCAGGUACGCCUAACAUGGAUCCCAGAAGGCGUGUUCAUCUAUCAUUCAUCUUGGAUCUUGGCACAGCAACUACCGAGUUGUCUAAUUCACAACUCUGUUGCCGUAGCAUUAUGUGAGAGAGUACGAGAUAUACAAAAUUGCUUUGUUUCACCUGUGCAUGGGAAUAACGGAUAAUAUGUUAGGUUAGGUUGUGCGGCAAGUAUGGCUGAAGAAUCUAGUGGUCUUGAACGCCAGCUGAGCGUCAAUGAAGGAAAGAAGGACGAAAAUGAGAGGAAGGAAGAAGAGGAAGAAAGUGAUGAAAAGAAAAGUAAGGAUGUUGAGGCACAAAACAAUUCCGAUGGUGAUGAUGGAGACGAGGAAGAGGAGUUACCGUUUCCAGGAUUUUCACCGAAAUCAUUCUUGAUUCUCAAGCAAACUAACAUGCUUCGCUAUGUCUGCCUGAGGAUCAUCACAAAUCCAUGGUUUGAGCGAUGCAGCAUGAUGGUGAUUCUCCUCAACUGUCUGACCCUUGGAAUGUACAAGCCCUGCGAUGACCAAGUGUGCUCCACCACCAGGUGUCGUGUUCUGGAGGGAUUUGACCAUUUCAUAUUCGCAUUUUUUGCCGUGGAAAUGGUAAUCAAAAUGAUUGCAAUGGGUAUUUGCGGAAAGGAUACCUACCUUGCUGAUUCCUGGAACAAGUUGGACUGCUUUAUCGUUCUGGCUGGAGCUGUGGAGUAUGGCAUAGAUACAGAAAACCUCAGCAUAUCUGCAAUAAGAACAAUCCGUGUGCUUCGUCCAUUGAGGGCCAUCAACAGAAUACCCAGCAUGCGUAUCCUGGUGAUGCUCCUCCUCGACACCCUCCCCAUGCUGGGGAAUGUUCUCUUGUUGUGUUUCUUCGUCUUUUUUAUAUUCGGGAUCAUCGGUGUACAGUUAUGGGCAGGGGUUCUACGAAACAGAUGUUUUUUAGAUAUUGGGGAAAAUAUUUCAUAUGUACAUAAUCUGCCUUGGUUUUACCAGCCUAAGAAGGGGGAUUACAUCUGUAGUCAGGAGGGGAUGUCAGGGAUGCGGACAUGUGGCAACAUACCUCCAUUUGAAUUUGAAGGAUUUAAGUGCAACGGUAGUGCCAAGGAAUACAGCAAUAACACUCCCACAUCAGAGUCCUGCGUCAAUUGGAAUCAGUAUUAUUCGACAUGUCAGCCUGGAGACAGGAAUCCAUUCCGGGGAGCUAUAUCGUUUGACAAUAUAGGAUUAGCAUGGGUAGCUAUUUUUCAGGUGAUAAGUUUAGAAAGCUGGGUGAAUAUUAUGUACUAUGUUCAAGAUGCUCAUUCCUUCUGGGACUGGACCUACUUCGUUGCUCUCAUUGUGAUUGGCUCAUUUUUUAUGAUCAACCUGUGUUUAGUUGUCAUAGCAACUCAAUUUUCUGAAACUAAGAAACGAGAGACUGAGCGAAUGCUUCAGGAGAGAAAGCGUUACCAGUCUUCAAGUACUAUAGCAAGCAACUCCGAGCCAGGAGGCUGUUACUCGGAGCUCUUGAAACUUCUUGUGCAUUACGCCAGGAGAGCAAAACGGAAACUUAUACGAUAUUAUUUUAGACAUAGAGGCAAAAGGCAGCGAAAAGUUAACCCAGAAAAAGCUAUAUCUUUACGAAAGAAGAAAAACAGGAAGAAAGGUAUUCAAACAGUGUAUUUACAUCAACCUCAUCAUCAACAUCAUCAUCACCACCACUUGAACAUUGUGACACCGGAUAUCUUCCCGUCUCGGGCCGCUUCUUUGGAUAGUGCACAAGCUCCGCGCGCCAGUCCUGAGGCUUCGGAUGUGGAUCCUAUAUCAUCGCCAAGACGACCAAACUUCUUAAUGUUACCGAGUAACAACAAUAGUCUUAAUCCUUCUUCGGAAUCCUUAAACACAUUGCCGUAUGCAGCAGAGGCUUUGACACCGACGUUGUUCAAACCCCUACCCUCGCCCAACCAUCUCACUGCAAAUUACUCUUUGAGUCGAACCUCAUCCUUUAAUUGCGGGGCUAUGGGUAGUGCCAAAAAUAUGCCCUCUCUCCCUGAGGUUCUCGCUGCGCAUGGCGCAAAGAACGCUGCCCUUGCCGCCUCAAAUUUACUGCUGAAUGUCGACACUGAUACCAAUAAACUCCAAUCGCUAGUAGAUAAAGGCCUAUUUGCAGAUCAUCUGCUUGUGGAUAUCGUGGGCGAGAAAAGAGUGUCAUGCGUAUCUCAGAGUGAGUGUGAUACCACCCAUAACAGCCAUACACACUCAGAGUAUGAGUUGAGUGACAGCGACAAAAAUAACGACAGCGAUUCUGAUUUUGAUUGGAAAGAAGAAUCUGAACCAACAAAAAAGCCGACAAAUAAGAGGAAAUGCAACCUAUCUUGCAUUGCACAUUGUAUUAACAAAUUCACCAGUUUCAUGGUGAAGAUAGUGGAAAGCAAAUUCUUCCAGCGCGGCAUCCUUGGGGCGAUCUUGCUCAACACCCUCAGCAUGGGAGUGGAGUAUCACAAGCAGCCUGAUGAGCUAACACUGAUACUCGAGUACAGCAACGUCGCAUUCAGCGUCCUCUUUGGUGCCGAGAUGCUCUCCAAGCUGUUGGCCUAUGGCCUGUAUGGCUACAUCAGCGACGGCUUCAACGUCUUCGACGGCUUCAUAGUCAUACUCAGUAUCGUGGAACUUGCCCAGGGUGGUGCCAGUGGACUGUCUGUUCUUCGUACAUUCCGUUUGUUACGUAUCCUCAAGCUAGUGCGCUUCUUGCCGGCACUCCGCCGCCAGUUGGUGGUCAUGCUACGUACUAUGGACAAUGUGGCCACUUUCUUCGCUCUUCUUCUUCUCUUUAUGUUCAUAUUCAGUAUCCUAGGAAUGAAUCUGUUUGGUGGUAAAUUUUGUGAGCGUGAGGACGGAUCUUCCUGCACAUGUGCAGAUCUACGCAGCAAUAACGUAACUUGCUUUUGUGAUCGGGUCAACUUUGACUCAACUCUGUGGUCACUUGUCACUGUGUUUCAGGUGUUGACACAGGAAGACUGGAACACUGUGUUAUAUAACGGCAUGGCCAAAACAUCGCCAUGGGCCUCACUAUACUUCAUUGCAUUAAUGACAUUCGGAAACUAUGUACUUUUCAAUCUUCUUGUUGCCAUCUUGGUGGAGGGAUUUUCAACAGAGGACGAUGAGAAAAAGAAGGAGAAAGUGAAGGAAAUGGAGGAACAAGAACUGGAGGAGAAGGAGAAGCAAAGAUUGGCAGAAAAUAACAACAUUGACGAUGCUCAAAAGGAAAAAGAAAAACUCAACAGUAGUGAGGUUGAUGUCAAGAAUAAUAAAGAGAAAGAGAAGAAGAUGCUUGCCCUUCCCCCUCCAGUCGCAGUCACCAAGGAGGACAACACAGCGCAGGUUUUGACGGCGCAGCCGCAACAACCAGAUGGCCCACUGAAUCCACCAAUCAUAACACACACCGCAGCCACGCCCAUGGCCACGCCUCAGGGAUCACCCAAUGAGAGUGCUCUUAAAGAUAUCAACAACAAGCUUGCUGUAUCCAUGGGCCGUAGUAUUCAACGUAGCACGCUUUCAGUAGAAUCAGAGCGAACAUCGACAAGCCUCAGUUUCCGAGGUUCUCCCCGACCCUCCCCCAAACUUCGCCGGACCAGUAGCCGUGGAAGUCAGCGCAGCAGCAGUUGGCGCCUAAAACAUCGGCGCCGUGAUGCUGAGAAGACCAGUCUUGUUGUAGACAGCCAGUCCGACAGUGGCGACGAUCUCGACGACGAUGUGUUUACACUGAAUCAGUCUCAGUCCCCCACCUACACACCAGGAACCCCCCGCACCCCCAACAACCAUGGCUACUCUGUCACAUAUUUCUUCAGUGAUUGUAAUGGCCACCCACCCCUCAACAACCAAAGAACACUUAGUCCCCAGAAUUCAAUCAAGGGUCACAAGGCGCUAACGCCCAAGAACUCCAUCAAGAGCAACCAUAGCUGGAGUCGCAACAACUCCGUCACUAGCAGUCGCAGUAUUUGCAACUCCUUUGAGCUCAGUCGGCAGAACUCGUUCACAAGUCACCGAACUCUCAACUCCAUGGGGAGUGGAGCAUCCAAGGAGGAGUAUAAGCCUAACAACCUGAGUGAUCCCCCUGAGGUCAAGGUCAGCAGUGAUAAGGAAGACUUUGAAGGAGAGGAGGAUCCAGAUGCCAUAGAUGAGACAGACUGGAACUGUUCAUGGUUACCAGAGCCGAAAGGAUGUUUCAAAACUCGAAAAGAAUACAGCCUCUACCUCAUGUCCAUGGACAACCUCUUGAGGAAAGUGUGUCACCAUCUGAUCUCGCGGAAGUGGUUCGACAACUCUGUGUUGUUCUUUAUCGCUCUCAACUGCAUUACGCUCGCCAUGGAGAGACCGGACAUUCCACCCGAGAGUGUGGAGCGUCAGUUUCUCACAAUAUCCAACUAUGUCUUCACUGUCAUAUUUGCAAUUGAAAUGGUGCUCAAGGUUAUAGCUAAGGGUUUCUUUGUGGGUAAGCAUGCCUAUCUGAAGAGUGGUUGGAACGUGAUGGAUGGAUUCCUGGUGAUUAUCUCCCUUGUCGAUAUCCUCAUCUCUCUCGUCGCUAACAGCAGUCCUAGAAUCUUCGGCAUCCUGCGAGUCUUCAGGCUGCUCCGAACUUUGAGACCACUCAGAGUCAUCAGCCGAGCCCCUGGCCUGAAACUAGUUGUACAGACACUACUAUCAUCACUUCGUCCCAUCGGAAACAUUGUUCUCAUCUGUUGUACAUUUUUCAUCAUCUUCGGAAUUCUUGGAGUGCAACUGUUCAAGGGCACAUUCUACUACUGUAAAGGCCCACCGGGGCUUGUCAAGGACAUCAGGAACCGGACACAGUGUCAAAACGACACACGCUUCAUCUGGAUCAAUCGGAAAUACAACUUUGACAACCUGGGUCAGGCAUUAAUGGCCCUGUUUGUUCUGGCAUCGAAAGAUGGCUGGGUUAGUAUCAUGCAUACAGGACUGGAUGCUGUUGGGAUAGAUGAACAACCAAUAGAAAACUACAACGAGUGGCGAUUAUUGUAUUUCAUUUCCUUCCUCCUGCUUGUCGGAUUCUUUGUCUUGAACAUGUUCGUCGGCGUUGUGGUAGAGAACUUUCACAAGUGCCGAGAAUCACAAGAGAUGGAAGAGCGAGCUGUACGAGCUGCAAAGCGCCAGCAGAAAUUGGAACGUAAACGAAAGAGUGAGGACCCUAAGAAUCUCUCUGAGUUGAGUGAACCUCCGUACUGGGCUCCCUACUCUCGUCCACGUCUGCUCAUUCAUACCGUCAUCAACAGCAAAUACUUUGACCUUGCCAUUGCUGGGGUCAUUGGGCUCAAUGUCAUCACCAUGGCAAUGGAAUAUUACAUGAUGCCCCAGGAGCUGGAGUUCGCUCUGAAGAUCUUCAACUACUUCUUCACCAGUGUCUUCAUCCUUGAAGCUAUCAUGAAAAUAGUAGCCCUUGGAUUCCUCCGAUAUAUGAGAGACAGAUGGAACCAGCUGGAUAUGCUGAUUGUCAUUCUGUCCAUAUUUGGCAUCAUCCUGGAAGAGAUGAAAACCUACAUCAUUCCAAUCAACCCUACCAUCAUCCGUGUCAUGCGAGUACUUCGCAUUGCAAGAGUGUUGAAGUUACUGAAGAUGGCCAAGGGUAUCCGUGCCUUGCUAGAUACUGUGAUACAAGCAUUGCCUCAGGUGGGCAACCUAGGGCUGUUGUUCUUCCUACUGUUUUUCAUAUUUGCUGCGCUGGGUGUGGAGCUCUUUGGAAGGCUAGAGUGCUCCCAAUACCACCCUUGUGAGGGUCUUGGAGAGCAUGCUCACUUCCGCAACUUUGGUAUGGCAUUCCUGACACUGUUCCGUGUGGCUACGGGUGAUAACUGGAAUGGAAUAAUGAAGGACACAUUGAGAGACAACUGUGACGCAACGGACAACUGUCUGAGGAACUGUUGUGUCAGUCCCAUCAUCGCCCCCGUCUACUUUGUCGUGUUUGUACUCAUGGCCCAGUUCGUCCUCGUCAAUGUCGUGGUGGCUGUGCUGAUGAAACACCUAGAGAGAACAGGAUUCCCAAUAUACGCUCCCUCGGACUUGGAGGAUGAUGAGGAUUUUUUUUCUCUGGAUGAUGACCAUGAUGAUGAUGAUGAUGAUGAUGAUGAUGAUGAUGAUGAUGUUGAUAAAGAACAGGAAUCGCAUCGCAACUUUACGGAGGAUGAUGACGAAGUUGCUGCCAUCACUGAGGGUGGACAGUCAGAUGAGAAGCUGGAGGAUGAGGAGAUAGAUGGUGACAAGAAAAGCUCAGAAAAAAGCUCUCAAGAAAAUAAUGAGUCCCCUGAAGCGCAGACCGAGGAGGAUAUUGAAGGGCUGACCGUGAAGAUCCCGGAUGACGUCCCAACAGUCCAGGUGGCCCCGAGUUUUACCUUUAGCGUCCGGCCGCCCAGCGAGGAACAGUCACAGGCGGAAGAUGACAGAAUCCAAAGACUUAUACGAAGACUCCAUGGCAACAUUCCCAAACAUUGGUCCAACAAUUUGUCCCCUGCUAAAAUUGCCAUCACAGUGGUGAGCAUGGAGCACCAGGUAGGGACGGUCCCCGCACCCAUCAUUGUGCAUCCCUGUUCACCAAGUCGCCGAUCUAUCCUAGACAAGCUGGAGUCACCACCAAUGAUGCAGAUGAAGAUCGCCAGUCCUCCAGAGUCGAGGAUGGACAGGCGGUUGCUGUCAGAUGGGAGGAAUCUCGCCACAUCUUCGCGACAAGGCAGGCGUCCACUUGUUAAGCAGUACAGUGUGGACAUCGGUUCAGGGAACCAUCUUCAUGGUAGCGUCCCCUCCGUCUGGCAGACAUUCGAGGACGAGGUGAAGAAGGCCCAGCCCAAGGGUUUCUCCCAGUCUCAUCCCACUUUGCCCGUGAAGCAGGACUCACUGCAGCAAUGUCCCGAGCCAGAGUUUGAUUCCCCAAAACAUCGCUUGUUGAAAAAACACAUGCUGAGAAGCAGAAGUAGUGGUGCCAAGUAUAGUCGGUUCAGGGACAAGUAUCUCCCCAGAGCAGUAUCCAGCUCGGACACAACGGGAACCGACACUGGGGCAAGUCCCUUGAUACGGACCUCAACAACAAAAACAUCAGAAACAAAUAUCACUCGCUCAAAGGAUGAGCUGAAAACACAACAGAGUAGUGGUGAGACUGGUUCUGACUUGGAUGAUUCUUUAAUCAACGAUUGGGCGGAGUUGGAGGCUGCUUGUGACGAGGAGGUGAUGAAAAUUACGGGAGAUGACGACGACGAUGACGUCAGACCAACAUUGACUUCAUUGAACUCGUGUUCCUAUGCAUCUGAAUGCCAAGAAGACAGUUACCCAUUUGAUUCAUCGAAUUCAAGUUCAAAUUUAGUCCCAGACUCUGAAAAAGACUCGCCAUUGACUGACAGUGAACAGAUCGGUUGCCAUUCCACUUUUAAGACAGAGGAUGACCCGUUAGUGGGUAUUGCCUCAUUAUCAGGGGUCCAUAUACAGAUGCCUGACUUGACUACGUGCCAACCAGGCAUUGAUAAUUCCAGUUUCGAACUGGGUGAGGGUUCGCUUAGUCCACCCAACGAGCCUUCCGUGUCUCAAUGUACUGAAACUACGUUAUGCGUUCCGAGGAUCGUGCUAGAUGGCGCCACUGUUGACACUCCUGACCUGUCCUCGGUGUCACAUGACCGCGUUGGUGACAGGUCACAUAGCAAUGAACCUGAAAUGUGCGAGCACAGCGGGAGCUAUGAACAUCAUGAAUAUGUUUGACGAAUGUCAGCUCCAAUUUGUUUUUUUUGUGUGCCAGUUUUAGUGAGUGAUUAAUGUGUGAAUUUGAAAUACACAUGGCAUUAUGUUUAUGAAGAUAUAUACAUUCUUUCAAAACGAUGGAGAUUAACUCUGAAACAAGGUCGAAGGAGGAAGCAGUGUGCUAUGUUCAUUUGACGGUUCUGAAAAUGAUUAUGUUUGAUUCCGGUUUCAAGGUUGUAUGACUGUCCUUGUACAAACAGUGUGAUUUUUUUUUUGAUUUUUUUUUUUGAUGUUUAAUUUCUUGGAUGUGGAUGUUGCAUCAGUUCCGAUGUGAAAUGGACAAUCGUAUGUGUCAUGUAUAACCCUGAUUGAUGCCAGUGAAAUUAACAAUGUACAAGAAAUAUAAAUUAAGUGUGGUUACAAUCACGACAUGUCUUUCAGCUGUCUCCCAAUAUUCGCACACACAUUUGCAAUUGAUUACUUAUGUGAUUGAUAGCAGACUUGUUAAAAACACUUGGUAUUUCACCGUGUCUUUGUAAUCCAAUUAUCCAAGAGUUGCAAACCUUAGCUGUGCCAGGAUCUGCUGAUCAGGGCUGAAUCCCAAAUUCACCCUAAUUAGGAUCCAUAGUUUUUCAGCACCAUACAGUGUUUUGGGUUUUACCCAAGUGGUAGCGGCCAAUGACCUAACGGCUUUACGCCUUCAUUAGACUGACACGCUGCAAUAUAAGUGAAAUAUUCAAAAUGGAUUUAAACCCAAUUCACUCACUCACUUUGUAAUUCAAAUGUAGGGGUAAAUUUAAAUGUAUAAAUGUUACUUAAGCUCAGUUUUUUAUAUACAAAGCAUUAUGUCUCACAGGUAUGUAGAUAUGGUUAUGAGUGAGUGAGUGAGUAUGGUUUUACGCCGCUUUUAGCAAUAUUCCGGCAAUAUCACGGCGGGGGACACCAGAAAUGGGCUUUACACAUUGUGCCCAUGUGGGGAAUCGAACCCGGGUCUUCGGCAUGACGAGAAAACACUUUAACCACUUGGCUACCCCACCGCCCCAGAUAUGUUAAUGACAUUGUGAUCAUCUGAAUGAAAUUGACACUUAAAUGUCAGCUAUUGACAACUGUUUUGAACAAGUCUGUUGUGUUCUCAUUAGAAAUGCAUCUUAUAAUGGCAACUUGUAAUUAUGUACAUAAAUAUGAGCAAUUCUGCCAAAACCACAAAAUGAGGUUUUUGUAAGAUUCAUAUUUAUAUGAUACUGGAUGAUUUUUCUGAUUUUCACCUGAAAUUGAUCUAUAUUUGGGAAAGAUGUUUUCAAUAUUUUUUCCAAUAUAUGGUAAAAAUUUAUGAGACAUUUUCAUCAAACCAGUUUCACCAUAGCGCCUUGACUGCAAACUGAUAUUCCAAUCACUAUGGAAACUUAAUGCAAUCCAGAGUUAUCAAAAUCUAAAAAUGGUUCAAAAAUACAACAUGCCUUUUUUCUUUCAUGGACCUAACUGAUAAUUCAAAUUCAUAUCAAAUGUGAACGUACAUUUUGAUGCUAAACAGGAAAUAAGUCACCUCCCUGAAUAGGAAGCAAAUCGUCAGAAAAAUUGACCAGUAUAGCUGCCCAAUAUUCAUUUCACCAACACACUUAUGAACAGAUUAUUUUUACACUCUAUGUAUAAUGACAUGUUUGUAACAUAUGUAUAUAGACGACAUUAUGCACGUCAGUUUCAUUAUCAUCGGCCAUUGUUACUCCCGGUCAAUCUUUCACAUUUCAUUGACUCUUGAUGCACGUCAAGUUUUUGAGCUUUUGUGACUUCUUUAAUACUGUUACCAAUUAAUUUCAUGCCUAAAUUGUGUCAGCACAGAUGUUUGCACAAACUUCAGAUCUUGUAAACCACCGUAACUUACAUUAUAUUAUUGCAUUCUUUUAUAUCAUCAGAUUUUCUGGCAAAUAGCAGAUGUAUAUACUGUCGUUAAGUUCACUAAGGGAAUGAUUGGCACUUGUGUCUCAGCAGUCUCUUGUAGUAGUGGCUUGUCAAUGUGGAAGCUUACCUGUUAUCUUAUAUAAUGACCUAAGCAAUUACUUCACAUGCUGGAUGAAUGUCUAAAAAAACAUAUUUAAUCAACUGAAAAUGUGAUAACACCAAUGGGUUGGGGUAAAUAAAACAUGUUGUUUUUUCCUGGGAGAAAGAAAUUCAGUGAUAGGACUAUUGAAGAAUAUUGACUCUGUGAGAGGACUACUACAAAAAAUAUUGAUUUAGUGGUAGGACUUGUUGAAACUAAUGAUUCUAUGGUAGGACAACUUGAAAGACAUGAAUCUAUGGUAGGACUACUUGAAAGAAAUGAUUCUAUGGUAGGACUACUUGAAAGAAAUGAUUCUAUGGUAGGACAACUUGAAAGAAAUGAUUCUAUGGUAGGACAACUUGAAAGAAAUGAUUCUAUGGUAGGACUACUUGAAAAAAUGAUUCUAUGGUAGGACUACUUGAAACUAAUGAUUCUAUGGUAGGACUACAUGGGAAAAAAAUGAUUCUAUGGUAGUACAACUUGAAAGAAAUGAUUCUAUGGAAGGACAACUUGAAAGAAAUGAUUCUUAGGUAGGACUACUUGAAAAAAUGAUUCUAAGGUAGGAAUAUUUGAAAAAAUGAUUCUAUGGUAUGACUACAUGAAAAACAUUAUUAUAUCGUCUGGGUUAACCUUUUUUUUUUAAACAUUCAGUUCCGUGAAUUAGCUUUAAAAAAAUAUCCAGCAGGUAUGGGUUUAAUGUUGGUUUCAACUGAAUUGUGGUAGGGUUUCUUAAUUCAAAUGGAAAUGAAUAUGUUGGUAAUCUAAAUUCAAAUGAACAAAUCCUUCAAUCUUUAAUUGUCUUGUAUGCACAGGACUCAUCCUAUUGUGGUAUGAAAAGAGGAAAUAUGCAAGAGAUUUAAAUGUAAAUUUUGUCAGUAAAUUAGUUAAACUUCAUUUUCUCUUCUUAUUUUUUCUAACAUUUUGUAAUAUUUUGAUAUAUGUUACAUAUGGUUUUAUUUGGCUUGAACACUUUCACAUUAAUCACUAUCAAGCACUCACAGAGAAACUAGGGUAAUACCUGAAAAUAUGUAUAAACAAUAACAGUCAAAGACUUGGAAACAUGCCAGAAAAGAUUUAGCAAUAUUGCAAGAAUAUUACAAUAAUUAAUAACUAUUUUGUAAUGUGUGGCUUACAAGUCUGAAUAACAACACCAAUUAUAUUAUUACUUCCACACUUCAGUAAAUAUUUCAAUAAUGUCUUUAUGGAAAGUAAUUUUGUAAAAUUCCAUUGGAUAUUCAUUUUAGGGUUGUGAAGGGGCAUAACUCUUCACAUGAAAGGGAGCAUAACUCUUCACAUGAAAGGGAGACUAUUUAAUGACUUUGUCACAGUGUGGCGAGACAAAAUAUGUAGAAAAGAUCAUCUCUUGCUCUGUGAAACUGUAUUUUAGGUAUAUACCCUGGUUCCAAACUGUUCACAAUUUCCUAUCACCUUUUUGCCUUGCAGAGUUUAAUAUGCAUUUGUAAAUUUCUACUUUGUCUACCUUGUUGUGUUGUGUGUAUAAAUGAGCUUUUAACCACUCUCUGUAGGGUAGUAUAGCAUAGACCUUUUUUUACACUUUAUAAAAUGAUAAAAAGCUCAGUUUCACAAAGUAUUUACAUCUUAAAAGUUGAUUUAUGUAAAGUUUUCAAAAUGGAAUGUAUGGUCCAUUAGAUACAAGAAUGAAAAAGAUGCAAUAUAUAUUUCAAGUUGCUUUGAACAUCACAAUGACAUAAGUCAUUUUAUGAUCCUCUAUCAACACUUUCUAUAUUAAGUUAUGGUUCAACGUCUGUAUAAAAUCAUAUUGCUCCAUCCUACUCGAUAAAUUCUUUAUUGAGUGUACCGAGACACAAGGAAUUUGGAAGUCUUCUUUGGAGAAUUUGACAUAUCUUUUCAUAUUAAUAUUUGAAUUUGUUAAAUUUCCAGUUGAUUAUUACAAGUUUCUUUGCAAAUUUACCUUAUUGAAAAAAGAUAUUGUAUAUAUUAAAACCUGUAAGAAAUAUUUGUUUUUUUAAUUGGAAUUUCCUAUAGGUAUGAUAUAUCUACUGUUAGAUAAUAUGGUAGAUGAAAGAUGAUAUUUAUAUACAUAUACAUUAUUUAUGGUACCAAAGUACAAUAUGUCUGGUUUCGGGACUUUUGGUAUUUCACUGAAUGGACAGAAAUGUCCACUAUUUUAUCAAUUGAAUUAAUGUUCCCAUGCACUAGGACACUUAUUUAUUGUUUGUUGAUCUGACCAUUAUUUACUGUUCACAUGUUGACUUUAUGAAUGGAAGUAAAAUGUCCACUGUGUCCCUUUCCCUUUAAGAUCUUUUUAAUUUAAAUGGUAAUGGGUUAAUCAAGAGUUAUCCACAAUCAUUAACUUAAUAAGAUCCAAAUUUUGGAUAUUUCUGACCAUAUGAAUCGUACAUGAAAUUUUCAUUAAUUCCAUUUUGAAAAUGUUGACUUAUGAUUAAUGUAGAGAAAUAUGAAUAGUGGACCUUUUAUUUCAAUGUUUUUACUUUUACACCACUUUUUAAGCCUUGAAGACACCAUGUGAUAUGUUGACGAGUGCAAUAUUGUUUUUAACUUAUUGGAUGAAAAGUGAGUUGUCUCCCCUUUGAUUGCUUGAGUCAAGUCCCUCAAAAACCACUGUCUGCAAACUCAAAUUUAAACUGUACAUAAUCAAACAGUUAUUGGUUACUAAUUAUUUCAUCCAUGGAGCAAAUUACAUUGUGAACACACACAAUGGACUUUAGCCUUGGAGAAGAGUGCUCCUUUUCAGAGUGAUGUAGAAUUUCACUAUUAUUAGCUAAGUAAUUUUAAGACUUCUGAAAUAGACUGCUUCAGAAAACACUUUCAGAUAAAAUACCAUUUCUAGAGAGAGAAGGGUUUUGGUGUUAUAUUUUUACAACAGCUUCUGACAAAAUAAAACUCAAUCCUAUAUGCUGCUUGUGCAUUAAGAGUCACUCAGCUCCUGUAAAAUGCGGAUUUCAUUGCUUUUAUUUCAAUAUGACUGAUAUAGAUAACUCAGUUAUCAAAAUCUGUGUAUGACAAAUAUUCCUCUCAAGGUAAAGAAAAACUCAUGGAGAAUAAAUGUAAUCACUUGAGGGGUUCCAGGGGAGACAACUGUUGUGUUACACAGCUCAUUUGUGAUAGUUCCUUCAUUAAUUGUAGAUACACAGCAGGAGAAAACACCAAGCUUUUAUUGAUUUGUUUGUUAUUUAUUUAUUUAUUUAUUUAUUUAUUUAUCUAUUUACACAUUAAUCAUUUAAGUUAAAAACCUUUCUUUUUUUUCAUGACACAUUUUCAUGAUAUAAUAAAAUUCCUGUUUUCUAAUGUUCAAUUAUUUAUCAAGAUUAUAAACUGCUCAAUACUAACAUCAUUACAAGGCAAACAAAUUGUCAUGUAUGAGAAUCAAGUGAGCAUUACCUACACAUUUUUAGUUACCCAUUAUUAUAACUUUGAUAAUUUCCUUGACUACCAUCUACCAUGGCUUUAAGGGAUUUAUGUAUGUCAUUGUUCUCAAAUUCACAAAUCUAUUUAUUUUGUUUCUAAUUUAUUUAUUAUUGUGUUAAUUUUCACACAUUAGGUGUGUAGUGUUCGCUCAACAUUUUAGCUUUGGUUUGGGAGAAUGACGACAAGCUCACAGAGACCCGGUACCAAGAUCCAUGUUUUCUGUGAUAGUCUUAAUAAGCCAAAACUAAUAACAUGAAAUAUUUGGGUUCUCUUAACAUGAAUUUAAGAAUAUUUUGAGAAAAAAAAUUCAGAUAUAUAAAUGAGGAAUUCUCAAUGUUAUCAUAAAGAAAAAGUGUUUCUGGAAAUAAAUAACUGGAUUCCAAUUGGUCAUGAGGAUAUCCGUUAUCACAAAUGGGCUUAUCAAGACUUGAAAACUAUGAGCUUGCUGUCUGAUAAAUUUUUGCAACAUAUCAGUGUAUUUUCUUAUUUUGUGAUUCCCAUGCAAGCGACACGCCCAAUCCCCUGACAGCCACGGUGACAGCACUCCUGCGCUGGGGGUCAUGUAAGUGUGUAAGUGUGUGUGUACGUAUGUAUGUAUUUUGAUAUAGUUCACUUCUUGCUCCAACUGAUGAGUCACCCCUUCAAACUACAUCAUUCAGGGAGUAACAGUUUUAUAUGAGAAAUUAAUAAAAAAUGGGAUUGAAA